AUGGUCUCCUUCGCCACCGCUGCGCGCAACCCUACCGGGGCGAUCAAAUCAGUCAACCCUCCCAAAAUGCUGGCCAACCCCUCGCCAGUGCCCAUUUUGAAAAAUUCCAAGACGAACAGCGCGGCAGCUGCCGGGGCUAAACACAAGUUGACCGACAUGGAUCUUUCGCUGUCACCCUCGUCCUCGGUUGCUUCCGGCGGCAGCGAUGGCACGCCCAGUCCUAGGAAGCGGGUUAGGGUUCAAUUUGAUAAGGAUGUGGAAAUGCGAGAGGCGUCCUGGAGUGGUCAAGAGAAGGAAAUGGCCGUGAGUACGGAAAAGAGCGCGGCCGUGGUUCGUGAAGAAGUGCGCAGAGCUAUCCAGCGGCAUGUCUCUGGAACGGACAGCGAAGCCUACGAUCGUAUCAAGGAGAUUUUCUCAGCAGAUCCUCGGCGUCUGGACGAAGAUGGCUUGCCGUCCGAAGAUUUACCGACACACACUACAUUGAAGCAUCAUCUCAUGGGUCUUCUGUCGAACGUUGCGUCGCUGGACCGCAAUUGCAACGGCUUGGUCAAUGCAGUUCUGCACAGUGAAUGGCUCGGGCGGGAUGAGUCGUAUAUCAAGUUGUACAUUCGAUUUCUAGGUAACCUUGCGGCGGCUCAGGGAAGCUAUCUCGGGGCGGUCUUGAAGAUGCUGGCCAAUAAUUUUGGGGAGAUCCCAAAGGGGACGGGCAAGCUGCCUGGGUACGCCCCAGUCCAAGCUGCAGAGAUUUAUAGCAGAACUCACAUGGCUCUACGGCAUGUGAUGCAGUUGAUUCCGUCUGGUAGUGGGACCCUAUCCCCAAUCUUGUCUAUGCAAUUUCCCUUCGAUACCGAUUCCGCAAAGGCCAACAUUGCGUACACGCGGAAUCUUCUGAAGGUCAUCACUUACGCUCCGGAACUCCAAGCCGAUAUUCUAGCUCUCAUCACGGAGAAAGUCGUGAAGAUCGAUGUCCAGAUUCAGGUAGAUAUGGAAGACAUCGAGGACGAAGUGGGCGAGGAUGUUCUCCACGCAGUCUCGCCUGAAGCCACGAUAUUGGAGGAUGACGAGGAUGAAGUCGACGACAAUGCAUCUGUCGCUAGUGAUGAUUCCCUAGACGUGGAGUCCCGGCGUGUCAAGACCAUCAAGGAUAACAUACUCAAACUGGAUGGCAUGAUCGAUUCGCUGUUUGAGUACUACGCCCCGCCUUUCGCAACGGGCACUCUGGAUGACAAGGAGAAUGCGCUUGAUUUACUUCUGAGCCACUUCCAGAGUAUUAUCCUUCCGACCUACCGCUCCCGCCACUCUCAAUUCCUCCUCUUCCACUUCUCCCAAUCGUCGCCAAUUCUGGUGGAUCGAUUUGCUGCCACCUGCGUUCAGCUCAUCUUCAACAAGAUGCAACCUGGAAUCCUACGGCAGUCCGCAGCAGCCUACCUCGCUAGCUUCGUUGCCCGCGGUGCGCACAUCUCUGGCGAGGUAGUAAGAGAUGUAUUUGACCUCCUAGGCACACAUCUGAACAACCUCCGUCUUGACUAUGAAGCUACCUGUCGAGGCCCUGAUCUACGCCGCUACGGCCCUUUCUACUCUACGGCACAGGCGUUGCUGUAUAUCUUCUGCUUCCGCUGGCGAGACCUGACGACCGCGGCGAUGGAGGGCGACACCCCAGAACAAAUUGAUGAACUGGAGCCAGAAGAGAUCACGUUCCCUCCAUCGGUCAAGGAGGUCCUCCACCAAGCGGUCCAUUCCAAACUGAACCCCCUCAAGGUCUGCUCGCCUGCGAUUGUGUCUGAAUUCGCACGUAUGGCCCAGCACCUCAACUUCAUGUACGUGUUCAGCAUACUCGAGACGAACAAAAGACUGCGCGUCUCCUCAUUUCGGAGCAUCUCGGCCAUGGCAGAUCCGCGCUUCAGCCACGUCGAGCGAGAAACUCGUGCUGGCGAUGAUCUCGGUUAUCAGCUUGAUGCCUAUUUCCCGUUUGACCCAUACCAGCUGCCUCGCAGCCGCCGUUGGUUGGAGAAUGACUACGUCCACUGGCGCGGUAUUCCUGGGAUGGAUGACCAGGACGAGGGCGACUCGGACAGUGACCUCGACGGGAGCGAAUCGGAAGGAGAUCUGAGCGAUGUCACUGUGACCGACGAAGACGACUGA